GUGAUAAUAUAUUUAUAAAAAGAUGUAUUUUAGAAAAUACAUUGUACAGUAAAUUACUUUUAUUUACAAAAUACUAGAAAGUAUGGACUAAACUAAAACUACCAUAACAAGCUUUAUUUGAAGUACAUAUACAUCUAUUCAUUAACAUUCUAAAUUAUCCUUAAGUGCGCGAUGUUUAAAAGAGCUGUUAUGAUUUGUGUAAUUUACAAAAUUUGAAAGUAAAACAAUUUCCAAUAAUUUAAAUAUGAACAAUUAAUAAUACUGAUGUUGUUAAGAUAAUAGUGUCAAUUUCUAAAGAAAUAACAAAAGCAUGAAAUGAUCAGAUGCUUUAACAUUAACUCAAAAUCUACAGUGUCACAAUAUACUAUGUACACUUAUAUUAAAUCUCAGCUGUCUAUUGAUAAAGCACAAAAAUAGAUUUAUUUGUGAAUGGUUUCAUUAAUAGAACAGAAGAUUAAAUUAAAGCUAUAUGUUUGAUUAGCCUUGGAAAUUAAUAACAAUUGAAUGUUAAGCUUUUGGUAGUGUUGGAUAUGAUUAAGGUGACAGAAAUACAAAUUAUCCUCUCAACCUCUCGAUAUAAGUCAACUGAAUAAAUAAUCUUUAUAUAAAACUAUAUACAUGAUUUCAAUUUGCAUAACGGAUUCUAAACGGUCAAUCAAAACCGAAUGUAUUAUCGAAGUGAAACCAAGUUAUGAAGAGACGCUACGAAGAUGUUAUGGAUUCGGAGGAGGAGACUUUGUAUGAUGAAGUCGACUCAGGAAACGAAUCUAGUGGAGACGAUGUAGAUUUUGCGAUGGACGUUGGAAACAGUGCAAGAGAGAGACAACCUGACAUAGAUGAUUACCCUUUUGAAGUUCUGUCAACAGAAGAAAUUGUUCAGCAUAUGGUAGACUGUAUUAAAGAAGUUAAUACAGUUGUAGAGAUACCUGCUACCACGACCCGAAUUUUACUUAAUCACUUCAAAUGGGAUAAAGAAAAGUUGAUGGAAAGAUUUUAUGAUGGGAAUCAAGAACAGCUUUUUGCAGAAGCACGUGUAGUUAAUCCUUUCACGAAACCAGCAAUUGUAGCGAGACCUAAGCAGUCAAGUUCUGGAACUGAAGAAUGUGAAAUAUGCUAUACAGUUCUCCCUGGACCUAUGAUGACUGGGCUUGAGUGUGGACAUAGGUUUUGUACAUCAUGCUGGGGAGAAUAUUUGACAACAAAAAUAAUGGAAGAAGGUGUUGGACAGACAAUAGCUUGCGCCGCACAUGGAUGUGACAUACUGGUCGACGACGCCACUGUCAUGCGGCUAGUUAGGGACUCUAAAGUUAGACUGAAAUAUCAACACCUUAUUACCAACAGCUUUGUAGAGUGUAAUAGGCUCUUACGCUGGUGCCCGUCUCCUGAUUGCAAUAAUGCUAUAAAGGUCUCAUACGUAGAAGCAAGACCGGUCGUUUGUAAAUGCUUGCAUACAUUUUGCUUCGCAUGCGGCGAAGCUUGGCACGAUCCAGUCAAGUGCCAUCUUCUAAAAAGAUGGAUAAAAAAAUGUGAUGACGACUCCGAAACUUCUAAUUGGAUUGCAGCUAAUACUAAGGAAUGCCCGAGGUGUAAUGUAACAAUUGAGAAGGAUGGAGGAUGUAAUCACAUGGUUUGUAAAAAUCAGAAUUGCAAAGCUGACUUUUGCUGGGUUUGCCUUGGACCAUGGGAGCCUCAUGGAUCUUCUUGGUAUAAUUGCAAUAGAUAUGAUGAAGAAGAGGCUAAAGCUGCACGUGAUGCACAAGAAAAAUCUCGUGCAGCACUUCAGCGCUAUCUUUUUUAUUGCAAUAGAUAUAUGAAUCAUAUGCAAUCUCUUAAGUUUGAACAUAAAUUGUAUGCCUCUGUUAAAGAAAAAAUGGAAGAAAUGCAACAACAUAAUAUGUCGUGGAUUGAGGUACAAUUUCUGAAACGUGCUGUUGAUAUUCUUUGCCAAUGCAGGCAAACUCUAAUGUAUACAUAUGUUUUCGCAUAUUAUCUUAGAAAAAAUAAUCAAUCAGUGUUAUUUGAGGAUAAUCAGAAAGAUCUAGAAAGUGCUACAGAAACUCUUUCAGAAUAUCUUGAAAGAGACAUCACUUCUGAAAAUUUAGCAGAUAUAAAACAAAAAGUCCAAGAUAAGUAUAGGUAUUGCGAAAGUAGACGAAAAGUUCUUCUAGAACACGUUCAUGAAGGCUAUGAAAAAGAAUGGUGGGAAUAUACGGAAUAGUGAUAAAAGAAGAGAAAAACUAACGAAAUAAAUGUGUGAUAUAACAUUAGUGCAUCAACUGAAGUGAGGCACGAUUCUAGGAUGAAUAAGUUAAAUGUAUAUGUAUAUAUACAUAUAUUUAGGAAUGAAGUUGAAAGUGUACAGAACAAUUGAAAAGUAUAUAUUUAUAUAAGGACUAACAAAUACAUAUAUAUUUGACAUUGUAGGAAAGUGUGUCUAAUAUAUAUGAAUAGAUGUUAUGAGUUUAUUUAUUAGGCUAUUACUAAGACAAGUACAGACUUUUUUUUUACUCAACAUGAAAAUCAUUAAAAUUAUUAAGAUUAAUCGAAAUGCAAUAGAUUUUAUUCUCAUUGCGAAAUUCCAGCUUUCUUUGAAAAAAAAAUUAAAAUAUGUUUUGUUUGGUUCCUAAUUUAUUAAAUUUGUUUUCGAGUAUUUUUUUUUUUCCUUUGUUUGUUUUAUGAUGUUUCAUCAUGGCAUUGUAUGUAAUUGCGAGAUGUUCUUUCUUUCUUUUUUUAAUAUAUAAUUUAUUUUUUGAUAAAUGGGACAAUGAGAGGGAAACGUAAUAUAUGUACUGUCAACUGUGUUAUAUUUUAUCAUUGAUUUUUGACUUAUCAGAAAUUGUACAUAUUUAUGUAUACAUAUAUAUUUAAGAUUAUAUAAUUAUGUUGUAGAGAGAGAAGAAAUUUUAUUCAUGAAAAAUGAAGAAAAAAAAGUCGUAUCGCUGAUAUAGAAUUGUUAAUUUCCUUUUAUUAUAGUAUCUUAAAUAAUAUAAAUAUCUUUAGUGGUUUAUCUCAGAGUUGAUUUAAAAUAACACAAUUUCUUUUCCAAAUUAGCUUUACACUUAUUGCUUUUUGCCUUUUGUUUUAUCUUCUUAAAAAGAUGCUUCACUCUAAUGUUAUAGGCCUAUGUACACCAUUGUAUUUUGUUUUGUUUUUUUCAGUGGUCACAGAACUGCAAGUAACUUAGCUCCCUUUUUGGUUUGAAUUGCCACCUAACUGCACUUUGUAAAGAUCUAAAUAAUGGAAAAGCAGAGUAGAUUCAGAUAUUAAAAGUUACCACCCUCUGAGAUUUUUUUAUGUUUUUUUUUGUUUCGGUUUUUUUUUUUUUUCACACACUCGCAUACCAACAUGUAUUCAUAUGUGUGUGAUAUAUGUAUAUACACUUUUAUAUAUCACUGUACAAUGUAUACACCUGUUGUUUCAUUGUUUGUGAGUUUGUUUUUGCAUACAUAUAUCAUAUGUAUGUUAGGGUUUAUAUGUUGUGAUUUUUCUGUAGGCAAUUUUUUUAUUGUCUAUGUAAUUGUAUUAUAUGAAAGAUGUAUAUACUAUAAAAUAAAAACCAAUUGCAUAUUUUUUCCUAUUAAGAUUAUUAUUCUUGUUUAUUUUACUAGUCAUGUGUAGAUAUUUUAAUUUUGGAAAUAAUAAAAAUUUUAUAUGCCUGAGCAUACAAGGAUGGAUGGUUUUAUAACUCAAUAAAAUUAUGUAUCUAAUUUAUGUUAGGCCUACCUUGUUCCUCUAAUCUUUGUUACAUAUUCUCCAUUACAUGCUUGUUUAUUGUUCUAAGAAUUUAAAAUAAUAUUUUUAAAACUUUUUUCUAUUUGAAAAAAAAAUGGCUUUUAUUUAAUUUCGUAUUCAGAUAUAAAUUUUAACCUAUUACUAUCCCUUCCCUAU